GUAGCAGCCGGCCACAGAGCGGGAGGAUGAAGUCCACAGACUGCGGCUCAGACCUGGAGCUAGACCUGGACCCGGACCCGAGCAGCGACUGCUCUGACGGGAAGUCGAGUGUGGGAUCCCCGCGGAGGGAGCCUGCUGCGGCCGGGGCUCCGGUGAGGCGGAGACGCAACGGUGCAAGUGGCAGACGCGCGGCUCUUUCCGGCAUCAACAGACAGAGACAAGCGGCAAACGCGCGGGAAAGAGACCGGACUCACAGCGUGAACACUGCGUUCACCGCUUUGCGCACGCUCAUACCCACCGAACCCGCGGACCGUAAACUCUCCAAGAUCGAGACGCUGCGCCUCGCGUCCAGCUACAUCUCCCACCUGGCGAAUGUGCUGGUCCUGGGGGAGGACUGUCGCGACGGACAGCCGUGUCUGCGCUACCAGAGCCUGCUGAGCCCCGGGCCCCCGAGAGCCAUCUGCACCUUCUGCCUCAGCAACCAGAGGAAACUGCUCAGGGACGGAGGGACGCACUCGGUCUCGGCGUGAGGAGUGCGCGCUCACGUGCACGUGAGGAGUAAACUGCUGAAGACUGGAGCACUUUGGAGCACUUUGGAGCCUUGUGGAUGUGCACUAUGUUUUGGUUCGGCUGUAACCAGGCACCUUGUGUAAAGCUGCACCUGAUGGGGCUAUUUCUGUCCUGAGCGCGCCUCAAACAGACAGGCCCUUCAGUCAAACGGAACGUCUGCUAUGGGGCGGUCAGAGGAGGCCCGGACGGAGGAGGCCUGGCCUGACCAGGGCACUCAGGAAAUCGGGUCUGUUUACAAUCACACACACCUGUCUGCUCCCAAAGAGCUGGAGGUUAUGCUCUGAGGACUCCCGCACUGUUUACAGCAGCUGUCACUUUGAAUGGCUCUCCUCUGACUGACUUUGUGUUCGUUUCAGCACCACUCUCAGGGACCCGCAGGAGCUCUUCAACAGUAGAACACAAGGGUUUUCUGGUGAGGAAACAUGUGACUAAAGCUGCUGUGUAGUACACUGUGGAGCCAGCGUGUUGUUGCACUCAUGUACUAGUAUUGUGUCAAACAGAUUUAGUGUACUACUAGUACUAGUGCGAAUAGUGUCUGUGAGGUCACUAGCCCUACCUCACACAGUCUGAAGACCUACCUCCACAUGGUAAACUGACCUUUGCACACUGAAUCACCAAACUGCUGCUAACAGAGAAUGUAUUUUUGUACAAUAAAAC